AACCGUGCUAUAACCAGGCUAGAUGGCUUCCUUCCAUUGGACGAUGCUCCAGACUCUGUUGAUGACAUGUACGAUGGCUGCAAAGACAGCAUGAAGAUGGAGGUGCAAACAUACUUGCAGAAUGAGAAAAACAAUGACAGCACAUUCAAACGGGCCUGGGAUGAAGGAGAGAACAAGAAGAAACGGGGGUAUAAGAAAGGAAAGCGACGUUCCACCUCUCUGGGGAAAGAACAAGCUGUGGCUAUAUAUGUGUAUAGCCUCGACAACCCAAACAUCUAUCUUGAUUUUAAUGAAGCAGUUCGGACCCAGAGAAAUGAGUACAGGACCACGUUCAGAUAUCACGCUCUUCACUUUUUCCUGACUGACGCCCUGCAGACUCUCAACGCUCAAAAACCGGAAAAGGAACGAUGUCUAACGGUCUACCGCAGAAGCAACAGAAGCUUCAGCCAAGAUGUUCUCAACAAAGUGAUUCGCUUUGGCUCCUUCGCCUCCAGCUCAAGGGGUUGGUACCCCAACGCUGAAAGGUUUGGAGACAAGUCAUGCUUUGAGAUUAUCACAUGCUUGGGAGCAGACGUCUCUGUGUUCUCUAAGCUGGGGGAGUCGGAGAGAGAAGUGCUGAUUCCUCCUUAUGAGGCCUUUAAAGUCACAACGAUUGAGAGGAGAUCUGCCCAGAAGACUCUUCCUUGUGAGGUGGUCUACAAACUAAGAAGUACAGAGGUCACUUUUUCAAAUUUG